AUGCCAAACAGGGUCUCCGUCUCAACCGCCGCCAACAGUUACCUACGACUUCUUGACGCCUGCAUCGCGUCGAAAUCCCUCAAAAAGGGAAAGACGGUCCACCAGCGUCUCCUCAAAAUCAACGGCCCAGAUUUCGGGUCACUCGCCGCAUCAUCGGUCCCGGACAAGCUCGCUCGCCUUUACAUUUCCUGCAACAGCCCUCAGCUCGCACACCGAGUUUUCGACUCGAUCCCAACUCACCAAAAGAAGAGCAAGACCAUACUGUGGGACCAAUUGAUCCGGGCCUACGCGUGGGCCGGGCCUUUCGAAACGGCCCUCGAUUUGUACGGUCAGAUGAUGGGCUCCGGCGUCGAGCCCACCAAGUACACCUACCCUUUCGUCCUCAAGGCCUGCGCUGCUCUGCAGGAUUUCGAAACCGGCACGAGAAUCCACGAGCAAUCGAAAAGGUACGGUCUUGAAAAGGAUGUGUAUGUUUGUACAGCGCUGGUCGAUUUCUAUGUGAAAUGUGGGUGCUUGGUGGAGGCUAAGAAUGUGUUUGAUAAAAUGCCUGAAAGAGAUGUCGUGGCAUGGAAUGCUUUGGUUAACGGAUUCUCGUCACACGGAAUGUAUUCGGAUGCUGUUAGUUUGGUUUGCGAGAUGCAAAAGUUUCAGGUGGAUCCCAAUUCAUCGACUGUCGUUGCAAUUCUGCCCGUAUUAGGCGAGAAAGGAAAGUCGAGUGAAGGAAAGUCCGUUCACGGUUUUUGCUUGAGAAGGGGUAUUGAUAUAGAUGUGGUGGUGGGGACAGGGCUUCUCGAUAUGUACGGUAAAUGUGGGCUACUGAUUUACGCGAAGAGGGUAUUUUCGUCGUUGAAAUUGAGAAAUGAAAUCACGUGGAGCGCUGUAAUCGGAGCUUGCGUUGAUUGUGGCUCUAUAAACGAGGCAUUCGGAUUGUUUAGCAAAAUGAAGGCAGACGAGGCCGAAAAGGGCUCCUCGCCCGUUGUACUUGCAGCCCUCCUUCGUGGCUGUGCAAAGCUGAACGACUCUGGCACGGGCAGCUACCUUCAUUGCUGCUUUGUCAAGUCAGGUUUCGCUCGGGACUUGAUGACGAGCAACACGAUUCUCUCGAUGUACACGAAAUGUGGGUCGAUUGAAGAUGGCGUGAGAUUCUUUGAAUCAAUGUGGGUUAAAGACUCUGUUUCAUACAGUGCUAUAAUAUCCGGCUCGAUCCAGAACGGAUAUUACGACAAGGCCCUGUGGUUUUUCCGCAGGAUGCAGCUCGCGGGCCUCAGCCCGGAGCCCGCCACAAUGAUGGGCUUCUUCCCGGCCUGCUCCAAUCUGUCCGCACUGCGGCUCGGGAUUUGCGGGCACGGCUACUCGGUCGUGCGAGGUUUCGCUUCGAAUAUCUCGAUUUGUAAUGCUCUGAUUGACAUGUACGGUAAAUGUGGGAAUAUCCAAGCAGCAAGGCGCGUUUUUGAUGGGAUGGGUUUUAAUAACGAUGUGGUAUCGUGGAACACGAUGCUCGUGGGCUACGGAAUUAACGGGCUUGGGCCGGAAGCUGUUAUGCUUUUUCAGGAGAUGCGGGCCAUAGGCCCAAAACCGGACGAAAUAACUUUCGUUGCUCUUCUCUCGGCUUGCAGCCACUCGGGCCUUGUUGACGAGGGGAGGCGCCUGUUUCGGGCCAUGAGAGAGGAAUUCGGGCUGUGCCCAAAGAUGGAUCAUUAUUUCUGCAUGGUGGAUCUGUUGGGCCGGGCUGGGCUUCUGGACGAGGCUUACGGGCUGAUUCGGGCCGGGAUGCCCUUCGAGCCCGACUCGCAUAUGUGGAAUGCUUUGCUGGCGGCAUGCAGGGUCCACAAGAAUGUGGAGCUCGGGGAAAGGGUUUCGAGUGAAAUGUUCGGGUCUGUGGGGCCCUCGAGCACGGGGAAUUUUGUUCUGUUGUAUAAUCUGUACACGACGGCUAUGAGGUGGGAUGAUGCGGAAAAGGUGAGAAUUCAGCAGAAGGAAUUGGGGUUUAGGAAAAAGCCGGGAUGCAGUUGGAUACAAGUGAAUGGGACGGUUCAUGGUUUUGUAGGUGGGGAUUGUUCGCACGAAAGGUCGUCCGAGAUAUAUGACAAAUUGGAGGAGCUUGUUGUGGAGAUGAAAAGAUUGGGGUGUAGAGGAGUGUGA